AUGCGGCCUAUUGAUGGUGAUCAUAUUAUUCGUGGGAAGCGUACGAAGAGAUCGAGGCAAUCGAGCUCGAGCUCGAGCUUGGAGAGUUUACGUGAAGAUGAGGAUCUGGCCAAGUGUUUGAUCAUGUUGGCGCGGAGUGGGAGUUUGGAGAAGCCGAAUAGUAGGGUGGAGAAGGCGGAAUUUUGUUUUUACGAAUGUAAGACGUGUAAGAAAUGUUUUUCGUCGUUUCAAGCUCUUGGUGGACACCGGGCGAGUCACAAGAAACCUAAGACAGGUGACAAGCAUGUCGGGAUGACUAGUGAUUUUGAGGAUGUGGAAAAUGCGGUGUCAGGGGUGGUUUCGGUUGGUGAUGUGAAGGCUAAGGUUCAUGAGUGUUUGGUAUGUGGAUCGGAGUUCGGAUCGGGACAGGCUUUGGGAGGUCAUAUGAGGAGACAUAGAAGUAAUAAUACUACAACUACAGCGGACUCCGCUACUAAGAUGAUGAGCAUUGAUGGAAAGGUAAGAAAUGUUCUGGAAUUAGAUCUUAACCUUCCGGCGCCAGAAGACCAACACAUGGAUUCGAGGUUUAUUUUCUCGUAUCCCUGUCAGGCACCGACACUGAUUGAUUGUCAGUACUAG